AUGAGAAUUGAGACGUGCUACUUCUGCUCAAGCCCCGUCUACCCGUCCAAGGGCAUCACCUUUGUGCGAAAUGACGCCAAGAGCUUCCGCUUCUGCAAGAGCAAAUGCCACAAGAACUUCAAGAUGAAGCGCAACCCGCGCAAGCUGGCCUGGACAAAGAGCUUCCGUCGCGCGCACGGCAAGGAAAUGACUGUCGAUUCUACCCUCACUUUUGCUCAGCGCCGUAACGUGCCUGUGCGCUACAACCGCGACCUUGUCCAGACGACACUCAAGGCUAUGGGCCGUGUAUCCGAAAUUCGUGCUAGAAGAGAGCGCGCCUUCUACAAGGCCCGUAUGCGUGGUAACAAGCAGCGCCAGCGCGAGGAAGACCGAAAGCUGGUCCUGGAAAACCAGCACCUGCUGCCACCCAGCGAGCGAUUCUCCAAGGAGGAGCUCGAGCAAAUGCAAGGCGAGCCUGAUGUCCAGACAAUCAAGGACAAGGUUGCUGCCAGGAGGAAGGAGCUUGAGGCGGAAGAGAGCGAGCUUAGCGAUGUCGAGGAAGAGAUGUUGCCCAAGACUAAGAGCAAGAGGAAGAUGAAGAUGAAGGUCGGCGGUCGCGGUGUUGAGGCCAUGGAUGUUGACGAGUAG